AUGCCCUCGCCUCUCGCCCUGCGCCGCUGCCUCCCGGGGGAGCUGUCCCCGUGCAUGGACUCGCGGCCCUGCAGCAGCCCUUCCGAGCUCCCGGGGAAGGCGGGGAAGCUCUUCCUGGGGGCCACUCCUCCUCGGGCCCCACGGCUGCCUCGCCGGCUGGCCUGGUGCUCCAUUGACUGGGAACAGGUGUGCUUGCUACAGAGGCUGGGAACUGGAGGCUUUGGCUCGGUGUACAAGGCGACGUACCAUGGUGUUCCUGUGGCCAUAAAGCAAGUGAACAAAUGCACCAAGAACCGACUGGCGUCGCAGCGCAGUUUCUGGGCUGAGCUCAACAUUGCGAGGCUGCGCCAUGACAACAUAGUGCGGGUGGUGGCUGCCAGCGCGCGCACGCCUGCGGGCUCUAACAGUCUAGGCACCAUAAUCAUGGAGUUCGGUGGCAAUGUCACUUUACACCAAGUCAUUUAUGGUACCAUCGGCUACCCUGAGGAGGAGGCAGGGGAGCCUCACUGCUGCGCUGGAGAGCAAUUAGGUCUGGGAAAGUGUCUGAAGUAUUCCCUAGAUGUGGUGAAUGGCCUGCUCUACCUUCACUCGCAAAGCAUCGUGCACUUGGACCUGAAGCCGGCCAACAUUUUGGUCAGCGAGCAAGAUGUUUGCAAAAUUGGUGACUUUGGUUGCUCCGAGAAGCUGGAAGAUCCGCUGUGCUUCCAGAGUCGCCCUUACCACCUGGGAGGCACAUACACCCACCGAGCCCCCGAGCUCCUGAAAGGAGAGACCAUCACGCCCAAGGCCGACAUCUACUCCUUUGCCAUCACUCUCUGGCAAAUGACUACCAGGGAGGUGCCCUACUCGGGCGAGCGGCAGCACGUGCUGUACGCGGUGGUGGCCUACCACCUGCGCCCGUCCCUCUCGGCAUCUGUCUUCACGGAUUCUCUCGCUGGAAGUCGACUUGAGAACAUCAUCCGGCGCUGCUGGGGGGCCACUGCCCUGCACAGGCCCAGCGCAGAACUUCUCUUGGUGGAUCUUAACUCUUUGAAAGCUGAAUUUGGCUGA